AUGGCAUAUCCUCAGGAAACCUUCAGGUUCGCCCACGUCGAUGCAACCUCGCUGCUUGGCCAGCGUCGUGCUGCAGCAUCCGCAAGCAUGAUCACAUACCAACUACAGAUUCUGAAAGACACCGGCCGUUAUGACGCUUUCAGUUUGAAAUGGCAGCCAAUCUACGACAAGGUCCCGGAGUAUUGGCCCAUUGCAGAUCAUCUGUUCUGGGACUCAGACAUUGGCAAAUGGAUUGAGGGCGCGUGCUACUUCCUUCAAGGAGAGUCGAACCCCAAUCCGGUCGUCGAUGGUGCUAUCAAGGAGCUUGUCGAGAUGAUCAGAAGGGCGCAGCAACCGGAUGGCUAUCUCAACAUACACUACCAAGUUGUGGAACCGGGGAAGCGUUUUACAAACUUGCGAGACAUGCAUGAACUCUACAACUUGGGCCAUCUCAUCGAAGGCGCACUAGCGCACAACCAGUACUACGGCAACGAUCUUUUUCUUGAGCCUAUGUUGAAAUAUGUUUCUUUAAUUCACCGCGUGAUUGGACCGCGCGACGGGCAGUUACACGGCUACCCUGGCCAUCCCGAGCUCGAAAUAGCACUCAUGCGUCUGCAUCACCGCACCGGAGACGAAAAGAGCUUCGAGCUUGCCCGGUACUUCAUCAACGAACGCGGCAACCCAACUGGUGUAGACGGAAGAGAAUUCUAUACGGUGGAGGCCGAGAAACGCAACGAAGCCUUAGACUGGCAACCAGUGUGGUAUCCCGCCCCAAGGUCACAUUGGUAUCAGCAAGCACACGCUCCCAUCGCCAAACAGGAUACAAUUGAGGGUCACAGUGUGCGAGCAAUGUACCUUCUGACAGCAGUGGCCGAUCUGGUUCGGGUCAACCCAGAUUCCACUGACUUGAAAGAAGCUGUUUACAAAUUAUGGAAUAACAUGGUGGAAAAGAGGAUGUACAUGACCGGGGGUAUUGGCUCCAUGAAGCAAUGGGAAGGGUUUGGUCCAGAUUAUUUUCUCCCCCAAGGCACAGACGAAGGUGGAUGCUACGCAGAAACAUGUGCAGCCAUCGGCGUGAUGAUGCUCGCGCAGCGCAUGCUCCAGUACGACUUAAGCAACGAGUACGGAGACGUUAUGGAGCUCUGCUUGUAUAACGCCGUCUUUACCGCUAUGUCCGUUGACUGCAUGAAAUUUACCUACGUAAAUCAACUAGCAUCAAGCGAGAAGAACCCAUCUGAGAGAUUCGGAUGGUUCCAGUGCGCUUGCUGUCCGCCCAAUGUCCUGAGACUCCUGGGAAUGAUUGGCGGCUACGUUUGGAACGUCUCGGAGAGCAAGAAGAGCGAUCCUACUCAGAUCGAUGUUCAUCUCUAUGCGCCUGCUACCUUGAACUUCGAAACAUCUGCUGGUCAAGCAAGUCUAAAGCAGGAGUGUGAUUGGCCGCGGGAUGGCAGCAUCAAGUUCUCGUUGAUCGGCGAGAAGAGAUAUGUUCAGCUCAAGCUUCGCAUUCCUGGCUGGGCAACAGCGUGGGAGAUUUCCCCCGCCUUGUCCCAUCUCGAUAUCACCGAUGGGUACCUCACCAUACCAGCCGAGUACUUGGCUUUGCAUCCGGAUUUUAACCUCACGUUCGACCUCAAGCCUCGCUUGAUUGCUCCUCAUCCUCUCACAAAUCAGCAAAUUCUCACGGUUGCCAGGGGUCCUAUCGUAUACUGCGUCGAAGACGUCGACAAUACCUGGGUCACAGAUCACUUCCGAUCAACACAUCUUGAUCCUGAAUGCCUAACGAAAAAUGCCGUCACCGAGAUCAAGACUGCUGACCCCAGUCUACCUGAUGAGAUAUACGUGAGUAUCACUGUCCACAAAGCGGCUUAUACUGUAGACUUCGACCGGCUAAAGAUUAAACCUUCGGUCGAUAAGGAAGAUUUGCAUAAGACAAUUGGGGCUGCUAAAGUGAUUGACGAACUAAAGUUUGUACCAUACUAUUAUAGGGCCAAUCGAGGUGGCCAUGGUAUGGCACGCGUCGGACUGAAGCAAUGGACGUGGUGA